GUGGUGGUUGAUUUCACGGCUUCUUGGUGUGGACCAUGUCGUUUCAUAGCUCCAUUCUUUGCUGAUUUGGCUAAGAAACUCCCUAAUGUGAUUUUCCUGAAGGUUGAUAUUGACGAAUUGAAGUCAGUGGCGAGUGACUGGGCCAUUGAGUCGAUGCCGACCUUCAUGUUCAUGAAAGAAGGAAAGAUUGUAGACAAAGUUGUUGGGGCCAGGAAAGAUGAGCUUCAGUCUACUAUUGCCAAACACUUGGCUUAACUACACCCUUUUAGCUUUGACAUGUCUUCUGUCUUAAGACUAUUAAGUCAUUGGUUAAUUCCUUUCUAUUUACUCUUGAGAUGUUAUGACUUUGUUCCCGCCUUUGUUAUGAA